AUGACACGAUGUUCAUUUGAUAUUCAUGUUCAAGAGAUACUUGGUACAUUGUUAGUUGGAGGUACAUUGAUUAUGCUUCAUCCAGGUGGAAUUAUUGAUUUCCCUUAUUUAUCUGGAGUCCUACAAAAUAAACAAAUUACAUAUCUACAUGCUGUACCAAGUUUACUACACAGUUUCUUCGUUUUUAUUGAGCAGAACAAGAUCAUAAAUGCCGUCGAACAUCUUCGAUCACUUUGUAGCGGUGGCGAAUCCUUCUCUGUCGAUCUCAUCGACUUGAUUAUGAAAAUCGGUAUAACAAACUGUAUUGUAUGGAAUACUUAUGGUCCAGCUGAAGCAACCAUAGAUUGUGCAGUUCACCACUGUAUAAUUAUGAAUGAAUAUUCACAACAAUCAAUCACCAAUCAAGAAGGUGAACUGUGUGCAGGUGGAGUUGGUGUGUUUGCUGGUUAUCUUGGACGUGAUGAUUUGACAGCAAAAGCUCUUAUCGAAAUUGAUGGUCAGCUAUUUUACCGAAUAGGUGACCUUGUUAGAAUGGAUAACAACGGUCUUCUUCAUUAUCAAGGAAGAAAAGAUCAUCAGAUCAAACUACGUGGACAACGAAUUGAACUUAGUGAAAUCGAACGAUGUUUACUUAACAUUACAUCCGUCUCUGCUUGUAUUGUCAUGAAGUGGAAUGAUGAUUAUUUAGUUGCAUAUGUUCAAUCUUCUUAUAUAAAUGAAGAACAACUACGUCAACAUUGUGAAUCUCAUCUUCCACCACAUAUGAUUCCAUUCAUAUUCAUUAUACUUGAUAAAUUACCUUUGAAUCAAAAUGGAAAAAUAGAUCGAAAACAACUUCCUUCACCUAAUUUUUCAGUGUUAACUGAUAACAUUGAUGGUAAUGUGCCGCACACUACUUUAGAAAAACAGUUACAAGAUAUAUUUAGUCAAGCUUUCCAUAUUGAAUCUCCGUCUAUUGAAGUUCCCUUUAGUCAGCUCGGUGGAACAUCUCUAGAUGCUAUACGUGCACUUACAUUAAUACGGCAACAGCUGUUUACUAAUAUUGACAUUGGUCUUUUAUUUACUAAUCCAUCUAUUCGACAAUUAGCACAAGCUAUUGAGCCUUUAUUGAUUUUGGAUGCACCACAAGAGACAGUGCUCACAACCAUUCACUCUCAUGAAACACAUGUUUGUUUUUCACCUUCGUUUGUUAUAGAAUCUGUAGGUAUUGCACUCCUUGUUUGCCAGUGGUCCUUGCCAAUCAUGGUGAUUCAUCGAUGGUGCCCAUUCCUUUUUCCUAUCUUACCAAUAUGUCAUCUUCUAUUUUAUAUCAUUUGCUCACAUUUACUAUCACCGCGAAACAUCAAAGAUGACAAUGUUUUCUCUUGGAGCUAUUAUCGAUGGUGGUUUUUAGAUCGACUUUGGAAUAAUAAUAUAUUUUGGCUGCAGCAUAUACUUGGCACACCACUCUACAGUUAUUAUCUUCGUCUUUGUGGUGCGCGAAUAAGUCUCAACACACAUAUUUAUACCACAACUAUCGAUGCUCCAUGGUUGUUAGAAAUUGACGAUAGAAGUUGGAUUGCUAAUGAAACGUGUCUGAACUGUUUAUAUUUUAAUGAUGAUAACACUUUCAAACUGAGUUCAGUUAGAAUUGGAUCUAAUUGUUCAAUCGGUACACGAUCGAUUCUAUUUGAUGGAGUUGAUAUGCAAAAUAAUAUUAUUGUUGAACCAAUGUCAUCAGUCACUGGCUUCGUCGCAUCUGAAACGAUUGUCGAUGGUGAAGAACACAAAUCUCUUCCAUCAGAUAUCUCCAUUGUGCAGAGUAACAGAUCAUUAUCCAUAUGGCAUAAGAUCUACCAAAUUAUUGUAAUCAUCUCGAUAAUCUGUAUUCAUUAUACACUUUUGAUCCUCGUCUAUAAAGUUUAUUCGGUUACACAAAUACCACUACCAAUCAGUAUUGCUUUUUGUUGGACUUUAUGGUCAAUUAUUGGUUGUUUCAUCUCGCUUCUCCUGUUGAAAUUCAUAGUAGGGCCCUGUGCUGCUGGUGAAAUAUACCCAGUAGCAUCUAGGUUAUAUUUACAAAAAAUAUGGCUUCGUCAAUUAAUUGUAUCUAGUUUUCAUCAUGCUUGGCUAUUACCGACUGGCUAUGAUUAUCUUUAUCCUUAUGUUCUUCGUUGGUUAGGUGCUCAUGUCGAAGAAAAUGUCAAACUUGCUGAGAUAGACACUUUUCUAUCCUGCCCAACAAAUCUAUUAAAACUCGAAAUGGGUGUUACUACUUUUGGUGGAAUUUUAAUAGUUUCUACUGAAUUGACACUCUCAGGUGAUCAUCGUGUGGAUCAAAUAAUGCUUGGAUCUCAUACAAACCUUGCCAAUGGAUGUUCAAUCUUGCCUGGUAGUUGCCUUGCAUCCGAGACAAUGAUUGGCAAUUUAACACGCAUCUCGCGAGAGACAAAAAGUAAAUAUGGAGUAGUUCUCAUGGGUGUUCCAGCUCUUACAAUGCCAUUUCAAAUGCCUGUAACAGCAAAAAACCAAGAUCAGAUUGAAAUCAUACCAUUUUGGCAUACAUGCUUGUCUCAUUAUGUCAGCAAAUGUCUUUUAUUAAGCAUUUAUUCGUUUGGUGGUCUCGUUGGUGGAUCAAUCAUUCAUACAAUACUUGCCUGUAGCUUCUGUCGAUGGCGUUCAUAUAUACGUUAUCAAGUUAUAGAAAAAAUAAUAACAAGAAUGAUCCUAGAUUAUGCACAAUUUAUUGGUCCAUUUCUUGGCAAUACACAAUGGCUCAUUCGACUAUUUCGAGCAUACGGCGCUCAUAUUGGUGAGAAUGUUAUAAUGCCUGAUAUAUACUGUAUUACCGAUUAUCAUUUGAUGACUAUUGGAGAUAAUGUCCGAGUUCAUAUGCGUACACAGAUACAGGGUCACAGUUUUGAACAACGUAUUUUAAAACUAGCUCCUGUAUCAAUCGGUAAUUCAUGUGUACUGAUGAGUUACUCAAUUGUAAUGCCAGGCUGCAAACUAAUGGGUAACAAUCGUCUUUAUCCCAUGACAUUGAUAAUGAAAAAUGAUCAAUUACCACUAAAUACUCACUGGAAAGGGAUUCCUGCACAAUCUUGUACAGUAAAAGUAAAAUUAUCUCGGCCGACAAUAGUUCAUGAUGAUCUAGUAAAAUAUCAGCAAGGAUACGAGACAACUAACAAAUUGUUUCUCUGGUACGAACGAAUUGCAAGUAUCUAUACGAAUGUAAAUGAAUUACAAUUUAUGAAUUAUGGCUAUGCAGAUAUGGAUGAAUAUAUCGAUGAUCAUACUGGCUAUUAUUCAAGAAAGCUUUAUGAACAAGUUCUUGCAAGUGCGACAUUAAUAGAUAAGAAUGUCCUUGAAAUUAAUUGCGGUAGAGGUGCUGGUGCUGCAUGGUGUGUUCAUACUCAUGCGUCUCAUUCUUACAUUGGAAUAGAUCCUUCUCAAGAUAUUAUUAAUUUAUGUCAACGACUUUAUUCGACAAUUCCUCGUCUUUCUUUCGUAGUAGCUAAUGCAACAAAACAUCUACCAUUUGAAAAUGAGUCAAUUGAUAUUAUUCUUUGUAUCGAAGCAACACAUGCUUCUGACGAACCAAAAGCAAUCACACAGUUUGCCAACGAAGUUGUUCGUGUACUUCGUCCAAAUGGAUAUCUUCUAUGGUGUGAUUUUUGUUACAUGAAUGGAUCAGAUACAUCAAUUUACGAUCUGAUAGCAAAUGAUGAACUAAUUAUUGAAGAAAAGAUUAAUAUUACAAAGAAUGUUCUUCAUGCACUUGAUAUUCAAAAUAAAUCUCGUACUGAUUUCAUUCAACGUUAUAUUCAACCUGAAGAACAAGAAUAUUUUCGUCUGUUUGCUGGAUUACCUGGUACUCAAAUCUAUGAAGACAUGAGUCAAGGACGUUCACAAUAUUGGCGAGUUGUAUUUCGAAAGAAGACAACAACAAAUAUGCCUGCCAUCUGA